AUGUCACCAGCCCAAGGUGAUACAAACCUUUACAAACAGCUGCUGGUUGAUAAGCAACUCACUCUAAGCGAUUUCUUCGAAAUGAAAAGACCGCUUCUGCUUUCCGAUUCUGAUAACAUCAAAGAGACUGCGUUUUCUGAAUUGAUUGAUCUUGUCUGUUCUUUCCCACAUGAUUUUCUUUCAGUACAGCAAGGGGCAAUUUUAUUAUUAGUGGUGACAUUUCUGUUACAACUUCUUUCUUGGGCAGCUGGAUAUUUCGGCCAUUACGGCUUCGUAUUCUAUUCGUGGUAUCAACCAUUUGGUACGUUUAUUGCUCAUUAUACUGUUGAGUGA